AUGGAAGGUGAUAAAUAUGAAAUGAAUAAGAUUAUGAAACAUUUACGGGACAAUUAUGAGUUACCAUAUCAUGGAAGCAAUGGCAACAAAUGUCAGAUGUUGGUAGCACCAGAAUUAGUACCCGUCGUUGAAACCAUGGCAAAAAUAGGAAAAGUAUCUACGAAAGUAGUUAUCGAAGAUUAUUCGGAAAUCAUUAAGAUGGAAAAAGCUAAUCCUCUGCGCAUAAAGAGCUUUUCUUGGAACGCCUACUAUGAUAUUGACGAUAUUUAUGGCUAUCUCCAAAACAUGAGCCAAUUGUAUCCAGAGACAGCGCAGGUCGUAGUUGGAGGACGAAGCUAUGAAGGUAGAGACAUUCUGGGACUUAGGAUCAAAUCGCCGACUCGCAAUGUUAAACCGACCAUGUUUAUCGAGUCCGGCAUUCACGCGAGAGAAUGGAUUACUCCGGCAGCGACUACGUACUUCAUCAAUGAGCUGUUAACUAGUAAAGAUCCUAAAAUUCAACGGUUAAGGAAUGAAUUUGAUUGGCACAUCUUUCCUUCUGUCAACCCCGAUGGAUAUCAUUACAGUUAUACCAAAGACAGAAUGUGGAGAAAAACACGUUCAAAAUCUUCAGCUCGGUGCUAUGGCGCUGAUCCCAACCGCAACUGGGAUUACAACUGGCAGAACUACGGUACAUCAAAGAACCCAUGUGAUUACCAAACAUACGGAGGCUCAAAACCCUUCUCAGAAAUAGAAACUAGGAGUCUCUCUGAGUACAUCUCCAAGCUGGACAAUCUCAAGGGAUACGUUGCUUUUCACUCCGACGCUCAGAUGUUGCUGUUACCGUACUCAGAUUCUACCGAACAUGACCAGUAUUACGACUCUUUGAAAAUAAUCGGUCAAACAUCACUUGACUACGGAUUUCAAGUGAACAAAGCAAAAUAUAUGGGUCCGGGAACGGCAGCAGAACUUUUAUACCAAGCAUCUGGCGGUAGCAUGGACUGGGUCCACCAAACCGUUGGCAUACCACUUGCAUUUACAUAUGAACUGAGAGGACUGUAUUUCUACUGGCCACCUAAGAGGAUCUCGGAGCAAGGCAAUGAAGUUACACAAAUGAUGCUUGGAUUGAUCACCGAAGCCGCCAAUUUAGGAUUUUAUUAA